AAAACGAAAUCUAAGCCAAGCUGGCCAAACGACCACCACUUACACCGCCCACUCCGCCCAAGCCACAACCACAUUCCUCUCUUUCUAAGCUUUACUAUAGAUUGGCGCAAUUACAUAGCGACCCAUAGGUUUUCACUCUCAAAACGUUUUUCUUCUUCGUCUCCAGUUUCCUGUAGUAUGCCGAUUAUCACAGAUAUGCAGAGCUCGUCCGUCACAAAACCGGUCUUUGCCGCGAUUCAUGCCAAUAGUUUUCAUCAACAUAGUAAAGACAGCUCUAAUUCAACCUUGCUUACUGCUAACUUUAAUUUGUUACCAUCGAAGAAUCCCAUUACUCUGCGUCAACAGAGGUGUCGGAGUAGCUGCACGCGUCCCGUUAGCAGCCAGAAUACGUGGGGAAGAUUCUCUUUGGAGUUCAAUGGAUUGAAACCUCAAUUGCAGUUGCGUCAUAAGUGUCAACAAGUGUCGUGUUUCCAUUCUUUCAAGAGGAAGCAUGUAGGCCUGACGAGAUUCACCUCUCAACUCUUUGUUGACAACUCCAUCCUUUGCCUGCCAAAGCACAAACUCAAUAAAGCCAAAUUUGAUCCUCCAGCUAGAGAAGUUCAUAUUCCUCUUGCUACUGUGGGACCUGAAGAGCCGCAUGCAGCAAGUACAGCCUGGCCGGAUAGUGUUACGGAAAAACAGAGUUUAGAUUCUUUAGGCUCAGAAACAGAGAGGUUAGAGUUGGAGAAAUUUUUGAGCCUUGAGCUUCCUCCCCACCCGAAAUUGCACAGAGGACAACUGAAAAAUGGGCUCCGCUAUCUCAUCUUGCCAAACAAAGUCCCUCCUAAUAGGUUUGAAGCUCAUAUGGAAGUUCAUGUGGGAUCCAUCGAUGAGGAAGAUGAUGAGCAAGGAGUUGCGCAUAUGAUUGAACAUGUUGCCUUCCUUGGAAGUAAGAAGCGUGAGAAACUUCUGGGGACUGGGGCAAGAUCUAAUGCCUACACAGAUUUUCAUCAUACUGUAUUUCAUAUCCAUUCACCCACAAGUACGCAGGACUCUGGAGGAGAAUUGCUGCCAGUUGUUCUGGAUGCUCUGAAUGAGAUUGCCUUUCACCCCAAAUUUUUGGCUUCCCGAGUUGAGAAAGAGAGACGGGCAAUUUUGUCAGAACUACAAAUGAUGAAUACGAUAGAGUACCGUGUUGAUUGCCAGUUGUUGCAACACUUGCACUCUGAGAACAAGUUGAGUAAAAGGUUUCCGAUAGGAUUAGAGGAGCAGAUUAAGAAAUGGGAUGCUGAUAAAAUCAGGAAAUUCCAUGAGCGCUGGUACUUCCCAGGAAAUGCUACACUAUACAUUGUUGGGGAUAUUGAUGACAUUUCUUAUACGGCAGUUUUUGGGCAUACUGGCACACAAACUGAGGCAUCUGUUGCACCUACUACUAGUGCUUUUGGUGCAAUGGCUAGUUUUCUCGUUCCUAAGUUGUCAGUUGGACUUUCUAGUGGUUUAAAUCAGGAAAAACUACUUGGUUCUUUCGAGCAAUCAAAAAAUUUUAGAAAGGAAAGGCAUGCUGUACGCCCUCCUGUUCAACAUGAUUGGUCCUUUCCUGGAAGCUAUGCAGAUGCAAAGCCUCCUCAGAUAUUUCAGCAUGAGUUGCUUCAGAAUUUCUCGAUUAAUAUGUUCUGCAAGCUGCUAAUGGAAUCAGAAAGCAUCCUGUUAUUUGUAACCAUUAUAUGUUUCGACAUAAUUGUUAAGUUGUACAAGGUUAAAGUUAAGGAAGAAUACUUCAAGUCAGCUUGUAGUUUGAAAUUGGAACUUCGUUAUAGUAUUUUGCUAAGAAGCAUGUGCAAAGUUGAUCUAGUGGCUGUUUUUAUUCCACCUGCUAAUGAAGUUGAGAUACCCGUUAACAAGGUCCGCACAUACAGAGAUUUGCGGAUGGUGCUGAUGAAGAGGAUAUUUCUUUCUGCUUUGCAUUUCCGCAUUAAUACAAGAUAUCAGAGUUCAAAUCCCCCAUUUACCUCAGUGGAACUGGACCACAGUGAUUCAGCAAGAGAAGGGUGUACUGUUACCUCUCUUACAGUGACUGCAGAACCUCAAAAUUGGGAAAAUGCAAUUAAAGUUGCUGUGCAGGAGGUUAGAAGGCUUAAAGAAUUUGGUGUUACAAAUGGUGAACUAGCCCGUUAUUUGAAUGCCUUGUUGAAAGAUAGUGAACAAUUGGCAGCUAUGAUUGACAAUGUAUCAUCAGUGGACAAUUUAGAUUUUAUUAUGGAAAAUGACGCACUAGGUCAUAUUGUGAUGGAUCAAGGACAAGGACACGAGAGUUUGGUCGCUGUUGUUGGAACUGUUACUCUGGAGGAGGUCAAUUCUAUUGGUGCUGAGAUGUUGGAGUUUCUAUCUGAUUACGGGAAACCAUCUGCACCCCGUCCUGCUGCAAUUGUUGCAUGUGUUCCAAAGAGAGUACAUAUAGAUGGAAUCGGUGAGACUGACUUCAAGAUAGAACCACCAGAAAUCGUGGGUGCUAUUGAAGCUGGCUUGAAAGGACCCAUAGAGCCUGAGCCUGAGCUUGAAAUACCAAAAGCAUUGAUAUCCGCGGAGCAACUACGGGAACUAAAGUCGCAUUUAUGCCCAUCCUUCAUUCCUGUUGACCAAGGAAAUGGAUUGAUAAAGAUUUGUGAUGAGGAUACAGGAAUCAUAAUGAGGCGUCUUUCAAACGGAAUUCCUGUGAAUUACAGAAUAUCUAGAAGUGAAGCCAAUAGUGGUGUUAUGCGCCUCAUAGUUGGUGGUGGGCGAGCAGCAGAAACUGCUGAAGCCAUGGGGGCUGUUAUUGUGGGUGUUAGAACUCUGAGUGAAGGAGGUCGUGUGGGGAACUUUACACGCGAGCAGCAAAGUGUCUGGUUGGAUGAUGCUUUUGAUAGAGCAAAGCAGUUGUACCUGUCUUAUUACCGUUCCAUUCCGAAAAGCUUAGAGCGGUCUACUGCCCACAAACUCAUGGUUGCUAUGCUAGAUGAAGAUGAACGGUUUGUGGAGCCCACACCUCAUUCACUGCAACAGCUAACACUUGAACAAGUGAAAGAUGCAGUGAUGAGUCAAUUUGUUUGUGACAACAUGGAGGUGAGCAUUGUUGGAGACUUUUCGGAAGAGGAUGUUGAGUCUUGCAUUUUGGAGUAUCUAGGCACAGUAAGAGAAAGAAGAGGUUAUGGGAGAAUACAAAAUUACAUCCCAAUCAUGUUUCGGCCAUAUACUGCUGAUUUACAGCAUCAGCAAGUGUUUUUGAAGGACACGGAUGAGCGGGCAUGUGCAUACAUUGCAGGCCCUGCACCAAAUCGUUGGGGAGUCACUUUUGAAGGAAAGAACCUCUUCGAGUCCAUCAGCAAUGUUUCUGCUUUUGGUGAAGAUAAAAAGUUUGUAGACCAAUCUGGAGAAUCAGAAAAAGCCGAGAAGAGCCUACAAGGGAAAUUGUGUGCUCACCCAUUGUUUUUUGCUAUUACGUUGAGUUUGUUGCAAGAGGUUAUAAAUUCCAGGCUCUUCACAACUGUCCGAGAUUCUCUUGGAUUAACGUAUGAUGUGUCGUUUGAGCUAAACCUGUUUGAUCGGUUGAAGCUCGGGUGGUAUGUAAUCUCAGUGACAUCAACCCCUGAGAAGGUACAUAAAGCUGUUGAUGCUUGCAAAAAUGUCCUCAGAGGUCUCCAGAGCUCCAGGAUUGCCCCAAGGGAGUUAGACAGGGAUAUCUCUUGCAUCAAAGAUCUGGUUUCACUAUACGAAGCUGCCACAGUUGAGGAUGUCUAUACUGCGUAUGAGCAGUUGCAGAUUGACGAAUAUUCGUUGUACUCUUGCGUUGGAAUUGCUGGGGCCCAGGUCGGGGAAUCUGUCGAAGCUUCCCUGGUAGAGGAGGAAUCAGUUGAGGGCUUCCACAAUGUUAUUCCCAUUGGCCGGGGCUCAUCCACUGUGACACGCCCAACUAUGUUGAAACCACUUGGCACUCUAAAGGUUCGAGAUACUUGCAUCAGAUAUCUUGCAUACUCGUGUAGGUCUAUAUGUGAACAAAGGAUCCAGAAGCUUCUCAAGUGAGUUGAUAGGACCCCCUUUAGGCGUGCUCUGGCGAAAUAAAUAAUAAUAACCGACAGCAGCCAAGUUUCAUAAAAGACGCCAUGGUUGAUCCUAAAGCUUUCUGGAAUACAUAAUCUUCAAUCUGUUUGGUUCAAAUAAAAUCUGGCAAACUCGAAAGCUCACUUCACUUGAUGAAUUAUCUUGAUAUCCGUACUUGUAUUUUUAGGUCAUAUUUUUGUUCUCUUUUUUUUUCGUAUUAUUUAUGUUCGAGGGAUAUGAAGUUGUUUGUGUAGAUUUAUUAUUGUUGAGAAAGCACAAUUAAAUGAAGAAUUCGUCUUUCCCCUUAAAUUUGUAUUGUUAGUUUAUGUGUUAAAUAAUAUUUAUUCUUUCGGUAGAAUAUUUAUUCUUUCGAGUUUAUUGAUUGUAGCUAUUUUAAGUAAUUAAA